CGGCGGGAGCGGGGCGGUCCCGCUGCAGGUAGCGAGGGGGAACGGGGCGGCCGCGGAGCGCUGCCCGCCUCGCCUGCCGGGUGGGCUGCAGCGAGCGCAGCGCAUCCCUCGCUGCCCGGCGCUGAGCGGGACGGGACGCGCUUGCGGCAGCGCCCGCCUGGCCGCCUUCAAAACUUGCCGUGCGGGAGGGCCGAGCCGCCUGCCCUCAUCGCCUGGACAGCGAGGGAAGGAGAGCCGCCCGGGUCCCUUCUCGCACUACCGGGAGGAGCGCCCAGCCUCUCCCCGCCCACCCCGGCGGCGGGCGGCACCGGCAGGCGGGGGCGGGGCGGGCUGGGUUGGCGGGAGCCGUCACUGAAGGGCGGGGGGCUCGGCCCGGCCCCGGUGCCUGCCGCGGUCCCGGUGCCGGGCAGCGGCGGGGCGGAGGUGCCGCCCUGACGAGGUUUCCCUGCCCGAGCUCCGGAGCCGCGCCCCGCCCCGCCUCGCCCGGCUCCUCGCUGGGCUUUUCCCAGGGAAAGACGAAGUUUCCCGCCCGGCGCGCGGCCGUAGCGGGAAGCGCCACCGUGUGAGCGCCUCCCCGCGCCUUGCCCGGCCCGCGCAGCCAGGGACACACACCAUGGUGCUGAGCACGGAGCAGGUCAGCCUCAUCGGGCAGGUGUUCGAGUCCUAUGUGCUGGAGCACCACAGAGACGAAAUCCUGGCCAUCCUGAGGGAGGCGGACGACCAGGCGCACUACCCGGUCGUCGUCGACGCCUUGACGCUCUUUGAGACCAACAUGGAGAUCGGGGAGUACUUCAACGCCUUCCCCAGCGAGGUGCUCCCGAUUUUCGACAGCGCGCUGCGCCGGGCCGCGCUGGCAGCGCUGCAGGACAGCGCGGAGCCGGCACAGCUCAGCCUCAAGCAGAACCUCCACGCCAGGGUCUCGGGUUUGCCUGUUUGCCCAGAGCUGACUCGAGAGCACAUUCCUAAAUCCAAGGAUGUGGGGCACUUUUUGUCUGUUACUGGGACUGUCAUACGUACCAGUUCGGUGAAGGUUUUGGAGUUUGAGCGGAGUUACAUCUGCAACAAGUGCAAGCACGUGUUUGCUGUCAAGGCUGACUUUGAGCAGUACUACGCGUUCUGUCGUCCAGCAGCCUGCCUCAAUGAAGAAGGCUGCAACUCAACCAAGUUCAUGUGUCUCUCUGGAACAACCUCUUCUCCUGCCUGCUGCAGGGACUAUCAAGAAAUCAAAAUUCAGGAACAGGUUCAGAGGCUGUCUGUUGGAAGCAUCCCUCGUUGCAUGGUGGUUGUUCUGGAAGAUGACUUGGUGGACAGUUGCAAGUCUGGAGAUGACAUCACAGUGUAUGGAGUGGUAAUGCAGAGGUGGAAACCUUUCCACGAGGGUGCACGCUGUGACUUGGAGCUUGUUUUAAAAGCCAACUAUGUUAAAGUGAACAAUGAGCAGCUAGCAGGGGUUGUAAUUGAUGAAGAAGUUCGCAAGGAAUUUGAAGACUUCUGGGAAAGGCAUAGGAAUGAUCCCUUAGCAGGGAGGAAUGAAAUUUUGGCUAGCCUAUGUCCUCAAGUUUUUGGAUUGUACCUUGUGAAGCUGGCUGUAGCCAUGGUGCUUGCUGGUGGUGUGCAGAGGACUGAUGCUGCUGGAACUCGAACCAGAGGUGAAUCACAUCUUCUGUUGGUUGGAGACCCAGGUACAGGGAAAUCUCAGUUUCUCAAGUAUGCAGUAAAGAUUAUGCCACGCUCUGUGCUUACAGCAGGAAUUGGAUCCACAAGUGCAGGUUUGACAGUGACUGCUGUGAAGGAAUUUGGGGAGUGGAAUUUGGAAGCUGGAGCACUGGUGCUUGCAGAUGGAGGCCUCUGUUGCAUUGAUGAGUUCAAUAGUAUCAAGGAACAUGACAGAACCAGCAUCCACGAGGCAAUGGAGCAACAAACCAUCAGUGUUGCAAAGGCAGGCUUGGUGUGCAAGCUUAGCACAAGGACAACUAUCCUGGCAGCAACAAACCCUAAAGGCCAUUAUGACCCCAAUGAGUCUGUCUCUGUCAACAUAGCUCUUGGCAGUCCCCUGCUGAGCAGAUUUGACCUGGUUUUAGUAUUGUUAGAUACAAAGAAUGAAGAAUGGGACCACAUAAUUUCAUCCUUCAUCUUGCAAAAUAAAGGCUGCCCAAGCAAAUCAGAAAAGCUCUGGAGCAUGGAAAGGAUGAAGACCUACUUCUGCCUUAUAAAAAGCAUCCAGCCAAAAUUGUCUGAUGAGAGCAACCUGAUCCUUGUUCGCUACUAUCAGAUGCAGCGUCAGAGUGACUGCAGGAACGCUGCCCGCACCACCAUCCGCCUGCUGGAGAGCCUGAUCCGCCUUGCAGAAGCUCAUGCCCGGCUGAUGUUUAGGGACACUGUGACUUUGGAAGAUGCUGUAACUGUAGUGUCAGUGAUGGAAUCUUCUAUGCAGGGGGGUGCACUUCUUGGAGGCAUCAAUGCCUUACACACUUCAUUUCCAGAAAAUCCGAUGGAGCAAUACCGAACACAGUGUGAAAUCAUAUUGGAGCGGCUGGAGCUGAAAGAUCUUCUGCACAAGGAGCUACAAAGACUUGACAGAUUGCAAAGGGAAAAUUCAUGCCAACAGCAGCCUGAAGAAACAAAUUUCAGUACUACCACAAGGUGCUCAAAUGAGGAUGCAUUUGGGCAGUCAAAGCAAAGGUCUCAGUCAGAACCUUCAAAUCAAGAAGGGGAUAACUCUGGGCCACAGACACCUUUGCUUGAAGGCAGCUGUGAAGGGAAUAUUCAUCUAGACCCCUUGUGCAACCCAGCACAUGGUAAUAACAAAAAUACAAGCAGCCUGGCAUGGUUUGACAGCAUGGAAGAGAGCAGCAUUGAUACUGAAGAAAAUUCUCAGAGGAAGUCUCAUGUGCCCAAGAUAUCUCCAAAUAAUUUGACUUCCAAAACUUCAAGUUCUGAAGAAAGCUCUGCUUCAAUACCAAGGAAGCAAAAUGGAAUAAGAGAGUCACCAGCAGCUGUGGAUCUGCAUGCUCCUCUGAAACAAAAGGACAAAGUUUCCAAGUUAAGGAGGAAAAGGACUGAAGAACACAACUGUUCUUCAGAAGAUAGUAUUGCAGACCCAGCACCAAGUGCUAGUGUGCAGGAUUCAGUUAUUCAACAACAUGCUUCUAGAAGCUGGAAGAGACUGCACAGGGAGAAGUCAUAUGGAUUCUUUACAAGUACACAGGACCCCGAGGCAGAGGUCCUUCCUUCAGUAUUACCUGCCUCUGGCCUGCCAGAUCUCUCAAGUGAUGCAGAUUCUGUGCUAGGAGAAGAGAACAGCAUAUCAGUAGCAGCAAAAAGUACAGCAGUUUCCAUAAGAAAAAGAAGUAAAGAUCAAGUAGUGAAGGAAACAAAGGUAGUGAGUUCCCAUGAGCAAGAAAGUGAAAGUCCCCCAGCUGCUAAACUAGCUAAAUUUUCUUUCAGACCAAGGACAAAGCUUGGUCAUUCUUCAGAGAAGACAAAUGAAGAAUUUUCUCAUUUUCCGAGUGAGACUAUUUUUAAGCCAGGAGAGCAGCUCCAGGGAGAGCAGCUUCCAGAGGAAUGCUGCCCACCUGAGAAAAGCAAGAUGACAUUGACUCGCUUAGGAAAAUGUAGUUUGGAAAAAGGAUCAGUUGAUGAUAAAGGGGAAGAAGAGCGGCAGAGUCGGACCUUAGGGGAAGAGAUCAGAGAAAGUGCAGCAAAAUGCUCUGAUGUCAGUUUUGAUGCUGUGCCACCUCCACCCACUGAGAGGAAAAGGGAAGCAGAGGAGAAACUGGGUGGUCCAAGCACAGGGAAGGUGCGCUCCAGCACAUUAGCUAAGCUGUCCACCUUCUCCUUUGUAUCACGUCCUGAGGCAAAAUCAGAAACCUCACCUGCUGUUAAGAAUGACAAGGAAAGGAAGCAAAGCAAGGAAAACCAAAGCCUGUCGCUGCAGGGGCACAUGAGCAAUCCUAGCAAAAGGAAGAGUUUUGCAUUUGGAAAUUCUAGUACAGCCAGCAUGGUCACAAAGACAUCUCUCUUCUCCAUAGCAGAGCUGGAUGAUGCUACAUUAGAUUUUGAUUGGGAUAAAGAGGUUAGGAAAAAUCCAAGCACGUAAAAUUUCCAUCCCCCCAAUUAUUUAACAUGCAGUUCUUCUGAAUCUUCACCCUUCUAUCACUUGUACCCCUGUUUUUCAAAGCAUUUCAUGGAACCAUCCUGGACCUGUGAACAUACUAUCUUUAAGGGCCAUAUACUUUACAUAAGCAAGAACUGUAUGUGCUGCAGGCCUGAUUUGGCUUUUAGUUUUCUCAACUCUUCCCAAGACUGUUUAUCUCAGCUCACUGUUUUGAUUGAACUGAUGAACCCUAAAGACUUGUAUAGCUAUGUUCAUGUGUCCAGAGUGAGUGGUCUUGCAGAAGAGCAGUCUUAAUUGACUUUAUCCUUUAUUUCAUGUAACUCUCAGAGCUACACAUUAUUCAGCUUGUCCUUCCAAGUGACUGUGCCACUUCAGAAAAAUGAUGGCACUCAAAGUAUGUCGUUAUAUUUUGUUCAUUUGUAUGUGCAAUUUUUCUCAGCAGUUACCAAUAUUGUGAUCUGUCAUCAUGCUAUGGUAAAUGUUUCUUUAUUAUGAACAUCAUGACAACUUUGCUUCAUCUUUGAUUUGUAACAUAGCUGAUGUUGAAAACAUAGAUUGAGAGCUUUUUGUUUCUGUUUUUUACUUUUGGUUUUAAAUACACUGGUUCAGAUA